GCCAACCCUGAAUUCUCUCCUACUUAUACCUCUAGGCUUCUCUUACUUCCGGUCACUAACACAAACAUGGAGACCAAUCCUCUUCCCAUCAAUUCUGAUAUUGAAGAUGCUACCUCUCCUUACAAUCCAUUGCUAGGAAAUGAUACACAGCUCGAGAAUUCGCGAUGUUGCCGGAGAUCCAUAAACUUCUAUGCUUUGAUCUCCUUCUUGGCCCUGCUCUUGGUUUUUGUAAUGGUUUUGGUUGGGAGUCAAAGAUCUGGAACCUCAGUAGUAAACAAAGGCACGGCAUCCUCAUCAUCAUUAUCAAAUUUACGAGGAGUAUCGGAGGGUGUGUCAGAUAAGACAUUCCGGCUAUUUUCCGGCAAUGGAGAAACAUUCUCAUGGACUGAAUCCAUGUUGUCUUGGCAGAGAACUGCCUACCACUUUCAACCUAAGAAGAGUUGGAUGAACGAUCCUAAUGGUCCAUUGUUCUACAAGGGAUGGUAUCACCUAUUCUACCAGUACAACCCAGAUAGUGCAAUAUGGGGUCUCAUACGAUGGGGCCAUGCCAUGUCAAAAGAUUUGAUCCACUGGCACCACCUCCCCAUGGCCAUGGUCCCAGACAAAUGGUAUGACGUCAACGGUGUCUGGACCGGUUCAGCCACUAUCCUUCCUAAUGGCACAAUCAUCAUGCUCUACACUGGAUCCACAACCGAGUCAGUGCAGGUCCAAAACCUUGCUUACCCGGCCGAUCCAGAUGAUGACCCAUUCCUCACCAACUGGUUAAAGUACCCGGGAAACCCGGUUCUCGUCCCGCCACCCGGUAUUGGUGCCAAGGACUUCCGAGACCCGACGACAGCGUGGCAAAGCAAUGAUGGAAGCUGGAAAAUUACAAUUGGGUCCAAAGUUAACAAAACCGGCAUAACACUCGUGUACAAAACCAAGGACUUCAAAACCUAUGAACUCUUGGACGGUUUGUUACAUGCCGUCCCCGGUACCGGCAUGUGGGAAUGCGUAGACUUUUAUUCUGUCUCGACCACGGCCGAUAAAGGGUUAGACUCGCCGGUGAAGUAUGUCCUCAAGGCGAGCCUAGACGAUGACAAGAACGACUACUAUGCAUUAGGAACUUAUGAUCCAGAGAGUGAUACAUGGACCCCAGACAACCCUGUUCUAGAUGUUGGGAUUGGAAUGAGAUAUGAUUAUGGCAAGUACUAUGCCUCCAAGACAUUUUAUGAUCAGAAUAAGGAUAGGACAGUACUUUGGGGAUGGAUCUCAGAGAGCGACAGCGAGGUUACCGACGUAAAGAAGGGAUGGGCAUCCGUUCAGGGCAUUCCCAGAACAGUGGUUUUUGAUGAGAAGACUAGGACUAAUAUACUUCAAUGGCCGGUGGAAGAGGUGGAGAGCUUGAGAUCGAACAGUAAGACUUUCAACAAUAUAACAGUCGAAGCCGGUUCAAUAGUCCCUCUUGACAUUGGCAUGGCUACACAGUUAGACAUAAUUGCUGAGUUCGAGAUUGAUAUCACACCCUUGGCUUUGGAGGAAACAGUUGAGAACGAUGUAGAGUUCAGCUGCAGCACUAGUGAAGGUGCUUCCACCCGGGGCGCAGUGGGACCAUUUGGUCUGUUAGUUCUUGCACAUGAGAGCCUCUCUGAGCAUACUCCUGUAUACUUCUACCUUGCUAAGGAUGCUUUUGGCAAUAUCAAAACUUUCUUCUGUGCUGACCACUCAAGGUCUUCUAAGGCCAGUGAUGUUGGUAAAAUGGUUUAUGGAAGCACAGUUCCUGUACUUGCUGGUGAAAAAUUAUCUAUGAGAGUAAUGGUUGAUCAUUCGAUAGUGGAAAGCUUUGCUCAGGCUGGAAGAACAUGUAUCACAUCACGGGUUUAUCCAACAGAAGCCAUAUAUGAAAAAACUAGAGUCUUUCUUUUCAAUAAUGCUACUCAGGCUAGUGUCACUGCUUCUAUCACGACUUGGCAAAUGAAAUCAGCUGCAGCCAUUACCUCCUACUCCAUGAUGUGCAUGUUUCUGGUCAUUUUGAUUCAUAUGGUUUUCUUGAAGAUAUGAGGAUCAUAGGUUUAUCAAUAUAGACAAAAUAAACUAUGCCCAGGAGGCUGAGGAUUCAGUUCUGAAGGGGAGAAUAUAUCCUCGCUAUGUUGUGCAAGCUUGCAGAGAGACAGGUGGAGUUUGAAUACUAGGUUUGUGUUGUCAGAUCCCAGCAGGCAUAGUUUUUGGAAGAGUAUUGUUAUAUUUAAGAAGAUCAUUACAAGUGUCUUCAACUUUCCACUUAGUUAUGAAAUCUUUGAAAAUCUUGAGUUUU